AUGGCUGGUGGCGCUCCAAAUUGGCUCCAUGUGGAAACGGAGGAUGAAAGUCCGCGUCUGACAACUUUGUCAAGUUGCAUGGCGCUCAGCGACGUCCAGUGCGAUGGCUACAUCCGACUACUGGCAGCCGACAUUUCGCUGGAGGACGAGGCGCACGAGCCGAGCGCCACCCUUAAGGUAUUUCGAGGACUAAAACUGAAGCAGGAGCAGCCACUUCCGGGCAUACCGACUGCCAUUGAGAGCCUCUACAUCGACGAAACAGAACCAAAGACGCCGGUCAUUGCUGUGGCCAUUGCCGAGUCCGUGCUGUUCUACCGACACCUGAAGCCCUAUUUCAAGUACACCAUUCCCGCCCUUGAUUCCGAUGAUCUGGAGCUGGAGGUCUGGCGCAAGCUGCCCGUCGUUAAGGCCGACACCCACGACGCCCUGCUGGAGUCGCUCAAGGGCAUCGACCACGCCAAACUCUCGAGGAAAUCUCAGCGCCUGCUGCAACUGACUGAGGCCGAACGUGCUCCAUUCAUUAACACGCAUAGGGACUCGCCUGUGGGGCGGGUGGGCAGCAUAGUAAUCAUGUGCUGCAUAAAACGCGUCUCCAGCGAUGCCAAUCCCCCUUCCCACCUAGUGCUGGCCACGGACACUGGCCACAUAUUCAUACUGGAACCCCAGGGCUUCAACCUGGUGUACCAGGGGCGGACCUGCAGCUAUCAGACGGCUGUUCCCAGCUUGCUCUCCGUCCAGGGCACCUAUGAAACGGACUUUUGCAUUGUGGUGGCUACCCGGAAUGGCGGUGUCUAUCUGCUGCGAAAGUCCAACAGCGAGGGACAGGAGAUCUUCAAGCUGAGCACACCGCUGACGGGUCUGCUGCUGCUGCCCAUUGAUCAAACGAUACUUGCCUCGACCAUGGACAACCGCUACCAGUGCUACUCGAAGCGGGGCAAGCUGCUUUACCAGGUGCAGCUGGACUCCUUGCCGGUCUGCAUCCUGCCACUGACCAUGACACAUCUGGGCAUCACUCUGGUGGCCGUUGCUCUGAAGGGAGGCGCCGUCAAGUUUUUUCUCCAGCGGUAUCAGGUGGACGAGUUCGUCCUGGAGGAGACGGUGGAUGCCAUGCUGUACGGGCGCAUGGGCAUGGAGGAUCACGUGCUGACUCUCGUUACGCAGUCGGGCCAGAUGAUUGUCAAGAUAUUGCGCCGCGUUUCGCGCUUUGAGCCUAAAGCGGAGGCCUUGGCAGGCAGACGGUUGGGGGCUAGUGACCAAAAACUCACUGAUGGCUCCACGAUAUUGGAUAAGCCCAAAAAGAGCUCCAUAUUUGUGGAGCAGGCGGCCCGGGAGAAGCAGCAGGCGAAAGCAACCUAUGGCAGCUUUCAGGUGGAGCUCUGGCGGCUGCGGCACACGGCAGCCCGUGCCACCAUCGACGCUAUCAACUCGUCGGAGAGCACGAUAUCCGGCGAUCUGACCCAUGCUCCCGUCAAGCUUUCGGCGGAGGUUUGCGGCAGUGGGCCUGCCUUUCGACUCUACCUCACCGUGCAGAACCUUUCGACGUUCAAGAUGGCCUCCAAUCUGAUGAUUCUGCUCCACGCGGAUCGACGCCACUACACCAUACAACAGACCCUGGCCAGGCUGCCGAGUGUUUUGCCGGGCAUCCCCUUGCGCGUUGACUUCGAAGUGGUGGCUUUGCUGGAUCCUCUGGACAAACUCCCACCCGCCAGCCUCACCCUGGACAACUCCCUCAUCCGCGUCAUGCUAAUGAAGGCUGGCCAGGCCAAGCCCCUCAUUGCAGCCGCCGUGACCAUGCCCCAGUCGGAGGCGGCCUUCUAA